AUAAAAAAAGAAAUCAACAUUUAAAUCUUAUUUCAAAAUAGACGGGAGGGGGAGGGGUAAGUAUACUUAUAAAAACCGUGGAGUUGGUUGCGUUAGACACUUUUUCAUAUAACAGAGGAAGAGCAUAGUCUAAAGAUGCGUGUUGCCUAUUUGUUCUUGGGACUUUUGGCGUUGACCGCCGCCCGCUCUUUCAAGAAGCGAGGCGACGACGACGAGAACCACUGGGUGUCGGGAUAUCUGGCCACAGUCGACAACGAUUUCGAUGAUGACAAAAAAGCUUCCAUCGUGUCUAACAUCAUAAAUGACCUGAAGUUUUUCAAGGCUGUGGUAGAGAAAACCCUGAGUGGAGAAAAUGGCGGCCAGAGCAAAUAUGAGAUCCUCGAAAUGUUGUCAGGGGGCAUCCAUCUUGUAGAAAUGCAUGAAAAGAAAGCUGAAGAGGGUCACUCUAUGAUCCCAGCCAAGCCAGUCUCUAUUCCCGAGGGAUGUACUAAAGAUGACAUCAUUGCUCUCAAGGAAUGUAAGCUGAUGGUGAACCAGGCGUUGAACUGUAUCAAAGGCGGCACCCAGGCCGUGCUUGAUGUCCUCAGCUCCGACAACCAAUCCUUUGAAGACAAAAUCGGAGCUUUGAAAGCGAUGAUUGGCAAAAUUGUGGGAGAACUCGACAACAUUAGGAUGUUGUUCGACCACUGCGUUAAGCCAUUUUUACCCGCUCACUGGGAACAAGCCUGGAAGCUAACAGAAGCAGAUCUGAGUGAACCAGAUGUGACAGAACAGAAGUACGCCGAUAUGGGGAUGCAGAUUUACAAGGACGCUACCGCCAUCAAAAACAACCUGGACAUCUUGCUCAGCGGACAGGGAAGCGAACGCGAGUUUAAAGAGGCCCAUAAACAUCUGACGGCGGCUGUCAUGCUGGCCAAACUGCACGAGGAACAAGGUGCUGGGACUGUCCAGCCAGAAGAUGUUCCGGUGGAGGCUCAGUGCACAAAGGAGGAGAUCAGCAAACUUGCGGACUGCGGGGAAAAGUAUUUCCGGGUGGGAACAUGUUUGAGGGCUGCUGUGGAUAAGAUGAUACAAAGAAUGGAAAAUAACAACAGGGACUAUGUUGGACUGGUAAAAUACGUUAAAGGAGUUGUUUUGAACAUCGCCAAGGCACCAGAAGUACUGCAAGAGAUUGCAAGCACCUGUUCUGUGUUGGACAUAGAGCAUUGGGAGAAGGCCUGGCUAAUCACAGAAGAAGAAUUGAAGGAUCCUGCCAAUCUAGAAAAGUUCAAGAAGUUGGGCGAGAGAAUACAUAACGAUUUGGUUGAAGUUCGCGAAAAUCUCGCUGCCUUAUUGGAAGGAAGGGGAGGGGACAUCAACCUUGCACUUCAACACCUGGAAGCCGCGGUCAAACUUGCCGCCCUUCACGAGGACCAAGGAGCUGGAUCUAUCACUCCAUCGAACAUUCCUGCCGAAGCCGGUUGUACCAAGGAUGCAGUACUAGCUCUCGAUGGAUGUGAGAGCAAAGCCAUUAAAAUCGGAACCUGCAUCAAAGGCACGGUUGACGAUGUUCUAAAUGAAAUGAGGACAAAUACUAACAUUGUGGAGGUCGCUAUGUUCACCAAGGGGUCAGUUUUGAACCUGGCCAAAGCUGAUGCUGUAGUCAAGGACGUCAUUGCUUCCUGUGAGAAGGAGGAUGAUGAGAGAGAGCUGAAGAGAGAACUCCUUAAGCUUCUAAGAAGAAGAGGAAACUGAAGUAUCACUCCGCCAAAUGAGACUUUUUUUUUACUUGAACCGACUAAACGAACCAGAGAAGUAAUCCUACCUGUGAAUACUUUGUUUUUGACAACUGUAUAUCAUAGAUUAAUAAAUUUUCCAAUGCAUGGA